AUGAGGUUCUUUAUUGAUGAUCUUCCGGUGCUGUUCCCGUAUCCGCGUAUCUACCCCGAGCAAUAUGCGUACAUGUGCGAUCUCAAGAAGACCCUCGAUGCAGGGGGUCACUGUGUGCUGGAAAUGCCUUCAGGCACAGGAAAAACCGUUUCUCUGCUCUCUUUGAUCGUCGCCUACCAGCAACACUACCCAGAGCAUAGAAAGCUUAUCUAUUGUUCACGAACAAUGUCCGAGAUCGAAAAAGCUUUGGCAGAGCUGAAAUCCUUGAUGCAAUAUCGUACACAGGAGCUGGGCUUUGAGGAGGAAUUUCGAGGCCUGGGCUUGACGAGUCGAAAGAAUCUCUGUCUUCAUCCGUCUGUGAAACGGGAGAAGAGUGGUAGUGUUGUGGAUGCUAGGUGCCGAAGCUUGACAGCUGGGUUUGUCAAAGAGAAGAAAGAGCGCGGUGAAGACGUGGAUCUUUGCAUAUAUCAUGAUAACCUCGAUCUUCUCGAACCGCAUAAUCUCAUCCCCCCAGGCGUGUUCACCCUUGACAAUCUCUUGCAAUACGGCGAAGAACAUAAACAAUGUCCGUACUUUUCUGCUCGUCGCAUGAUGCCAUGGUGCAACGUGAUUAUCUACUCCUACCAUUACCUCCUCGAUCCAAAAAUCGCUGAAAGAGUGUCCCGAGAACUCUCCAAGGACUGCAUUGUCGUCUUUGACGAGGCCCACAACAUCGACAACGUCUGUAUUGAAUCUCUCAGCAUCGACAUCAGCCAGGACUCCCUUCGGAAAGCUACCAGAGGCGCCAACAAUCUCGAACGCAGGAUCGAAGAGAUGAAAAGCACAGAUGCUGAGAAGCUUCAAAGCGAAUAUUCAAAAUUAGUGGAAGGAUUGCAGCAGGCAGAACAAGCCCGAGAGGAGGACCAAUUCAUUUCAAAUCCAGUUCUGCCGGAUGACCUUCUGAAGGAGGCGGUUCCUGGAAAUAUUCGCCGUGCCGAGCAUUUCGUAUCUUUCCUGAAGAGAUUUAUUGAAUAUCUCAAGACUCGAAUGAAGGUGACGCACACCAUCUCGGAGACCCCGCCUUCUUUCCUAACCCACUUGAAAGAUCUCACCUAUAUUGAGCGCAAACCUCUGAGAUUCUGUGCGGAGCGGCUGACCUCUCUUGUGCGAACGCUUGAGCUCAUGAACAUUGAGGAUUACCAACCACUUCAGGAAGUGGCAACCUUCGCGACACUUGUCGCAACUUAUGACAAAGGUUUUGUUUUGAUCCUUGAGCCGUUCGAAUCAGAAACAGCCACUGUGCCAAACCCGAUCCUUCAUUUCACGUGUCUGGAUGCCGCUAUUGCAAUCAAGCCUGUAUUCGACCGCUUCAGCUCUGUAGUCAUUACUUCGGGAACAUUGUCCCCGUUGGAGAUGUACCCGAAGAUGCUGGGCUUUACUGCCGUCAUGCAAGAAUCAUAUAGCAUGACGCUAGCACGUCGCUCGUUCUUGCCUAUGGUUGUCACCCGAGGCUCCGAUCAGGCUCAGGUCUCAUCAUCUUUUAGCAUUCGUAACGACCCUGGUGUGGUGCGAAACUACGGAUCGCUUCUCACAGAGUUCGCACGUAUCACACCAGAUGGUAUUGUGGUCUUCUUCCCUUCAUACCUUUACAUGGAGUCCAUUAUCAGUAUGUGGCAAGGCAUGGGUAUCUUGGAUCAAAUUUGGAAUUUCAAGUUGAUCAUGGUUGAAACACCCGAUGCACAAGAAUCCGCACUUGCCUUGGAGACCUAUCGAACGGCUUGCUGCAAUGGUCGCGGAGCAAUCAUGUUCUGUGUCGCUCGAGGAAAAGUCUCGGAAGGUAUCGAUUUUGAUCACCAUUAUGGUCGAGCUGUGUUGUGUAUUGGUGUCCCAUUCCAAUACACCGAGUCUCGUAUUCUCAAAGCUCGCCUGGAGUUCCUGCGCGAAAACUACCGUAUCCGAGAGAAUGAUUUCCUCUCAUUCGAUGCUAUGCGACAUGCCGCUCAAUGUUUGGGUCGUGUCUUGCGUGGCAAGGAUGAUUAUGGAGUCAUGGUGUUGGCAGAUCGCCGAUUUGAACGGAAGCGCAAUCAACUUCCCAAAUGGAUCAACCAAGCGAUGCUGGACAGCGAGACCAACCUCAGUACAGAUAUGGCUGUCUCAAAUGCGAAAAACUUCUUGCGCACUAUGGCGCAACCUUUCAAGGCUCGGGAUCAAGAAGGUAUUUCUACCUGGAGCUUAGCUGAUAUCGAAAAUCAUGAGGCCAAGCGCAAGGCUAAAGAGGGUAUGGCGGAGCAGGACCUCACCAACGGUCAUAAAAUGGACGGUGUUGUGACAACCGCGGUCGAAGUCGUGGAUGAGUUCGAUGACGAUAUUGAUGAAGACCUCGCGAUGCUCGAUGCGCAGUAA